AAAGGGUUCGAGCAACCAUCAGUUGGUACCAUUCGUCGCAAUCUGUUCGAGAACCGCAGACCAAAACCACCAACAACCAACAAUCAACAUGAAGUUCCUCAUUGUCUUCGUUGCCCUCUUCGCCGUGGCCCUCGCCGCUCCAACCGGAGAAGUGACCAUCCUCCGCUCUGAGUCGGAUGUUGGACCCGAAAACUUCAGCUAUGCAUUCGAGACCAGCGACGGAACUGCCGCCCAGGAAUCGGGAGUCCUGAAGAACGCCGGCUCCGAGCAGGAGGCCAUCGCAGUCCAGGGCUCCUACAAGUUCAUUGGUGAUGAUGGCGUCACCUACGAGGUCACCUACAUCGCUGAUGAGAACGGUUUCCAGCCCUCGGGCGCUCAUCUGCCCGUGGCCCCUGAGGCUUAAGUUGAGUUGCUUCCAUCGCAAGCAGCUUUAAAGCCAUCCAAGUCCCUUGUUACCUUCCCCAAAAACUUCCUCAACCCCGAUUUUCGAAUCCUUAUUUUAAAGGAAAGAAAACUAAGCAAAAGACCCACA